AUGGGGGACGCUGCACGCGGUUGCAAUUCCUCUGUAGCAAAGGCUACAAAAGACGCCAACUCAGAAGAUACGCCUGCACCACAGCACACGAGCCAUUCCACAAUCACCCUCAGGCAGUCCAUCUUCCCCGUCUGCCUGGUCACCGUCCUGUUCUUCCUCUGGGGUUUCGCUUACGGACUGCUGGACGUGCUGAAUGCCAAGUUUCAGACCGCGCUCAAUAUCACGGCGGCCAAGGCUGGUGGCCUGCAGGCUUCUUACUUUGGCGCAUACUUAAUUGUGAGAGUCCCCAUCAAUCUUGUCACCAACCAUGUAUGUGUCGUGCUUCGUUCGACUGACAACGCUGGGAGAAAGGCUCCAUUGACAUUCUCUGGGUGGAUCGUGCGCAAAUUUGGUUACAAGUGGACUUUCAUAACCGGCUUGUGCAUCUACGGGGUCGGCGCUCUCAUGUUCUGGCCGUCCGCGGUCUACAAGUCCUUCCCUGGUUUCUGUGGGAGUCUCUUUAUUGUGGGCUCCGGCCUAUCGACGCUUGAGACCUCCGCCAACCCAUACAUCGCAACCUGCGGUCCUCCCAGGCUGUCCGAGUUCCGGCUGGAGAUCUCCCAGUCUUUUCAGGCCAUUGGCUCAGUUGUGGCACCCCUCCUGGCCUCAAAGCUGUUCUUCAAGGAUGCCAACAUCAACGACCUGGGGCACGUCCAGUGGACGUACGUCGGCAUUGCGGCGUUCGUGUUCUCGUGGUCUGUUGUCUUCUUCUUUUCUCCCAUCCCCGAGAUCACGGACGAUGAUAUGGCUAUGCAGGCACAAGAAAGCGCAGACCUCACUGGUUAUGUGGAGAGGCCACUGUGGAAGCAACGCAAACUUAUCCUCGGAGUCAUCGCUGUUUUCUUCAACGCUGGAGCCCAAGUAUCGAUUGCGUCUCAAUUCAUAAGCUACUCCGUCGAAUCUGCCGGACUUAGCCACUCAGUCGCGUCGGACAGGUAUGCCAUCGCGCAGGCGCUGUUCGCCGUCGGCCGUUUUGUCGCCGCGGGCCUGUUCAUGACCAUGGCGCCGCGCAAGGUCCUACUCGUCUUUGUAGUCCUGAUUAUGGUCUUCAAUGCAUGCGCAAUGGCCGUUUGGGGCGAGGGCGGUGUAGCCACGCUCUCCAUGGUACUCUUCUUUGAGUCCUGCACGUUCCCCACCAUCUUCGCCCUCUCGAUCCGUGGGCUUGGGCGGCACACGAAGCGCGGGUCGUCCUGGCUCGUCGCGGCCGUCUGCGGCGCUGCGCUUUUUCCGAGCUUGACAGGCCUGUUGGCGGACCACGCAGGAUACCAUAAGGCCAUGGCGGUCCCACUGGCGUGCUUUGUCGUGGUUUUGAUAUUCCCUGCCUGUCUUAACACGGCGUAUAGGAAGGAGCUUGAUGGUUUCCGCGAGACCAGACUGGGCUACAAGAGUGAUGCGACUGUUAUCGAUACUGAUGACUCGGAUGGGAUCGCAAAGGCUCAUGUCACCAUGAAGGAAUCGGUGUGA